CCCCACCCCGGGGCAACUUCCCCCGCCACUCCAUAGUGCCCGUCCCACCCACUCCCUCUCCUACCAACCUUCUUCCCAGCAUCGCCCACCCUCUCCACCUACCUCUCGCCAGAUCUCGCCAUCACGUCCUGGUUGGCGACGGAUCCGGUCCUCCCUUGGGCGCAUGCCUCCCCCUCCCCAAUGAACUCGCUCCGACCACCCACCCAUCGACUGCCUCUGCUCGCCUAGAUUCUACCGGAGGCUCCGCAGGCCUCGAUCUGGUCCGGCUGCCACAAAUGCCGGCGGAUUCAUCGGGGGAAGGAGCGACCAUGAGUGAGGUCUUCGAGGGCUACGCAGGGCAGUACUACGAGAUCUCCGCUGCCCACUCCCGCAAGUGCGCCACCGCCUCCACCGCCGACGACGGUACGCACGCACGACCCCCCCCCCCUCUCUCUCUCGCCAGAACCCCAGGUCCCGAUUGUUUCUUCUGUAUCUUGGUCUCGUCCUCUUCUCUGCCUGUUCGCUUCACCAGAGAAGAAGCGGAAGAAGUUGUGUGAGAUCCACGCCGACGUGCAGGAGUCUGAAUCGCUGAUCAGGAGGAUGGAUUUGGAGGUCCGGAAGCACUCCCUGUGUUGGCCACAAAGGUGAAAACCUACGGCAGUCCAGCUCACUCCAUCGGGUGAUAUUUUUUGUUUAGAUGCAGCUCACUUUCACAACAGCGUCCGACGAAUCGCUGGAGCAGUCCACACAACAUGCACGUGCGGCCAUCAACGACUCCCUAUGCAGUGCACUUGCAGGCGCCGGCUCUUCCAUCUUCAAAAUUUGUUGGUAGCCACUGGAGAUGGUCUAGUCCAGGUCGGCUGGGUGACCCCGCGGUUCACACUUUGUUCAGUGCGCUUGGUUUUAUGGCCAUUAGCUAUUGGAUUUUUAUUUUAAAAUAAUCGCUGAAGUGGUUCUGCCUCCGGAUGCCGCAGACGUGCAGUUCGGUAGGAGAUAAUUGCACGUAUCAUCCCGGAACUUGCUGGCGAGGUCCAAUUCAGUCCUGGAAGUUGAGUAUUGAUCCAAUACGGUCCUGAUUCUUGAAAAUACGUCCACACUACGGUCCUGGAACUUGGGCGGACAGUCCUGGCUCUACACUUGGCGUACGUACCGCGUAUCAGCCCCUGUGCCACGUCAUCACAGGUCUCGCCCGUCAGCCUCGGGCCCAGCAGUCAGCGCGGUGCCCACCCGUCAGUGCGCGACGCGGUGGUCAUUUUGCGUUGCCCCCCUCUCCCCCGUCUCUCUGUCUCUCCACUUCUCCUUCUCUUCCCCGAUUGAAAACAGAGGAGGGAGCAGAGCACUGUGAGACGACACGACGGCGGAUGAUCGGUGACCCGGCGGCCGUCCGAUGGUAGUUCCUGAGGCGGAGGAAGCGACUGCGACGUCGCCGAAACCCAUAGGGCUGAUUUCUACGGUGAUGGAGGGCCCUCGACGGCAACUCGAUGGCGAGCCUGCUCCGACGUACGUGGAGCGCAGUGGGUGGUUCACUGUUGAGGUGAUACAUGGUGGAUUUUUCUUUGGCAGUGGCAACAAUAGGUGCUAUUUGGAUGGACAGAAGGUUUGCUAUGAUUACUGUCAUGUGGAGAGGGCAUAUUCCAGAUUUUUUGAAGAGUUAGUAGAGCAGUUGGGUUAUGAAAAGGCUGGCAGAAUUGAUAUGUACUGGUUGCCCCAUGGGUCUCAGAUUAAUGAAGGUGCUGCUAGGCUAUUGUGCAAUGAUGCAGACAUAGAUGCUAUGUAUUUAAUGAUCAAUCGAGGGCACCAUUUUCAAAUGAUAUACCUUGAUCAUGUAGACAGCCAUAUUUCAGGAGGAGCUGAAUGGGAUGAUGUAGUGGCUAAUCCAGUAGCCCAAAUUCCUGUUGUUUUCAGUCCAAAGAAGAUGCCAAGUAGAUAUGGAAAUGAAAGCAAUACAUCCUGUAGUGUUGUGGAUGAAAGUCAAGAUAUUCAGAGUCAUGACCAGUUAUUUGUAAAACUCAGACCAAGAGGACAGAAAAUAGAAGAGGAGGAAGAACCAAAUGCAGAUUCAGAUUCAGAUUCUGAUAGUAAUUAUUUCUGGGAUUAUUGAUAGUGAUUAUGACUUGGAGGAUGGGGAUGAGGAUUUGUUCCAGGAGCAGCUACAACCAUUGGAAGAUACGAAAGGGAAGAAGGUGGUGGAGGACUGCAACUCUGAAGAUGAGGAAUUGGAUGCUCCAGCUUCAGAAGAAGAUGAAAUGAAAUUCAAUUUCAAAUCAUUUACUGAUGCAGACAUGCAUGAGCCAAAGUUUCAUGCAGGACAAUUGUUCUCUUCAGUGGAGCUUAUGAGGAAAGCAGUUAGAGAGUAUAGUUGCAAAGAGAGAGUGAACAUCACAUUCCCAAAAAAUGACAAAAUUAGGCUUGGUGCAAAGUGUGAGAAAGGAUGCCCCUGGUAUCUCUAUGCACCUUGGGAUAACAGGACAAAUUCAAUAAUGGUGAAAACAUUUAAUGGCGAGCACACUUGUGAGAAGAAGUGGCAAGUCACGGCCUUUACAGCCGGUACAUUGCUGACAAAUAUGUUGACAAGAUUAGGGCAUGUGAGAAGAUAACAUUGAAGGCCUUAGCAGGUUUUGUGCAGGAAGAUUGGAUAUGACAAUUAAAAGGGGCAAGCUAGGGAGAGCUAGGAGAAUUCCAUAUGAUAUUAUAUAUGGUGAUGAGAUUGCACAAUACAACUUGCCGUGGGACUAUGCAAAUGAGCUGAGGAGAUCUAAUCCUGGUACUACUUUCUUUGUUGAACUUUCAGAUGAGGGGCAAUUUCAAAAAUAUUACUUCUCAUUUGAUGCAUGCAAAAGGGGGUUCUUAUUAGCUUGUAGGCCCAUUAUUUUCCUAGAUGGCUGCCACUUGAAGACACAAUAUGGAGGUGUGCUUUUAAGUGCUAUAGGAAUGGAUCCUAAUGAUUGGAUAUUUCCUGUGGCUCAUGUAGUAGUGCAAAGUGAAGAUACAAAAGCAUGGAGAUGGUUCUUGAUUGCUUUGAAGCAAGAUCUUGGCAUAAAUAACACAGAUCUCUGGACCAUCAUGUCUGACAAGCAAAAAGUAAUUCCUUUACAUUAUUAUCUUACUUCAAUAUGUAUCAGAACUUAUGUGCAUGCUUAUAUAGUUUGUAAUGUGUGAAAUGUCAAUGUUUUUGCAUGGUUUAAUUAAAGCAGUCAAGGAAUUGUUCCCUCUCUCACCA